AUGGCUUAUUUGGAGGCUGACAAGGAGCCCUGGGUUGCUUGGUGCAAGAAGGGGUCCUCCUUUGUCUUGCAGGGCCUGGUGACAUUUGAGGAUGUGGCCAUCUAUUUCUCGCUGGAGGAGUGGGCGAUGCUGACGGCGUGGCAGAGGGACCUGUACCGGGAGGUCAUGGCGGACAACUUUGAGCUGGUGGCCUCGCUGGAGCCCCAGCUGCUCCCCACACCGGGACUUAUAUGCAAAGUGGAGCAAGGGGAGGAGCCGUCUGCCGUGGACCACCCUGGGCAGGGGGGAGAAGAUGCUCGCGGGACCCCCCUUUCUGCUGCCCAGAGCCCGAGUGUGCAGGACCCAGCCAUUAAGGACGAGUUCAGCGGAAGCUGGAGCCCCCCCGGGUGCCCUGAGAGCGGACCCUGGGGGGCAGACGUCGGCUCCCUCCCCGCCUGCCCCAGCUGGAGCGAGUCCAAGCCGCCGGGCGUGGGGGGCGCCUUGCAAGGCCCCUGGGAGCAGGCGGAGGGCAGGGGCUCCCCAGAGCCGGCGGAGUGGCAGAUCUGCGAGUGCGGGCGGAGCUUUGGGGACGGGGCCUCCCUGCGCGAACACCAGGCCCUCCACGAGAAGGAGAAGGGCCCCUUUGCCUGCACGGCCUGUGGGAAGCUCUUCCGGUACCGGCUCAACCUCCUGACCCACAAGAAGCACCGCGGGAAGCAGCCCCACGCCUGCGCCCAGUGCGGCGGCCAGUUCUGCCUCAAGGGGGACCUGCUCCGCCACCGGGCCAGCCACGUGGCCGAGGGCCUCCACCCGUGCCGGGUCUGCGGCCUCCUCUUCGGGCGCAAGAGGCACCUGCUGGCCCACGAGCUCGAGCACAGCCAGGAGACCUCGCUCCGUCGGUCCCCCACCCGCGGCAUGGCCUUCGGCAGUGAAUGGGCUGCUCUUCAGUGCGGCAUCCGGGGCAGGGUGCUGGUGAUGAUGCCCCCUCGUGCCACACUGGCCGAUCCCAGGGAAACCCACGCACCGAGGCGGCCCUGCGCUUUGGGACCCUGCCGCCUGGAGAAGACCCAGGGAACCCGCUGGCUGGGAAUCCAUGCGAGGCAGCACCGCGCUGCGCUCAGCCGACGCCCCUCGGGCUGGAACAGCGCCCCCAGUGCAAAAGGUGCGCGCGGGCCGCACGCCUCCGAGUGUGGCGAGACGCAGUUAGCCAAGAAGAGCUGCGGGAUGUGCAGAACCCGCUGGCUGGGAAUCCAUGCGAGGCAGCACCGCGCUGCGCUCAGCCGACGCCCCUCGGGCUGGAACAGCGCCCCCAGUGCAAAAGAAGACGAGGCAAUUCCAACAGGGACCGGCUUGAUCACCUGCUGA